UUGUGAGACCCUCAAAGCGCAGCCGUUGGAUUUGCAGAUGUCUGUUGAUAGCUGACACGUGUCUCAUGUGUGUCGAUAUUGAGGGUAGACCGGAACAUCUUCACCUCUCAACAUGUCUGAAAUCCCCAGAGACAAUACAGCCUCCCCCAAGCAAAAUGAGUUCAGUCCAAAUUAUUUUGCAUACUACAAACAUGUUAUUCUAGAUCUACUAUCUGAGAAUGGGACCUGUUUCCUACCUUCCAUGGAAGUAGAUUCUGCGGUUCCCGUAGGAAUGGGUUGUGGUUCCAGUUCAUAUUUUAGUGAAGCUGUUGCCGUAGGGCUUUCAGAGUUUAAGAAAGAGAGGCUAUUGGCAACUCUUAAUGAGAGUUCUUCAUGUUUUAAUCGUGAAGCUGAUGAGAUACUCGAGCAUAUAUUAGCAGCAAAGGAUAUUGAUUCAAAUCUAAGAGAGAAAGAACAUGAUGGAAGCUAUUCGAAGGCUGCAUCAGAGGAAGACCUUGACAUGCCUCUUUACAAAAGAAAAAGAAAAUCACAUCCCGACAACAUAAAGUACUCCAGCGGCAAUUCAGUUUCUUUUAAACAGGUGUAUAAAACUAUUCAAGCUCUUCAGGGAGAAGAUGAAAUAUGCCACGAAGACGUCGAGAAGUAUACUUCUCAGUUACUUGCAAAGCUAGAUAAAAUGGAAGAGAGUCUUGAAGAUUACCUGAAUACUGUAGUGUCGACAUGCAGACCUAUGACCUGUAUUGAGAAGCAUCGGCUUGGAAAACAAAUCCGCAAGCUCCCAGCGAAGGCGUUGGAUCGCGUGGUAGAAAUCCUCCAACCUAGUAACUUUUCAGCAAACAAUCUUCCUGAGACUGUCUUCGUUAAUUUGGAAGAACAGGAUGAUGUCAAACUGUGGAGGGUGUACUACUAUGUGGAACUUGUGGCAAAGACCAACAAACUUUGCAUCUAAAUGGAUUCACUGUCUUUAACAUGUACAGUAUUUGUUGCAAUUCUGAUGGAAGUUUUUGCAUUAUCAAGGUGACAUUGAGACAACCUCCACAUUUCUUGUGGAUAAUUUGAAGGGGAUGAUGAUGAAAUAUAUAAUGUUUUACCAUUUUCUUGAACAAGAUGUUUUCAGGCACGACAUCAGCAUAUUCAGUGCAUGAAGAUUUGAGGAUUUUACAAGUGUUACGAUGCAUAUUGACCUUGGGUAUAAUUGAGCUAUUAACUUUGUAAUUGACCCACACAUAGUAUUGUUGAUGUUGUAACUUAAUCCAAAGUACCGUCAUCGAGACCUUGAAUUUUGAGAAAAUGUACAUAAACUUGUGUUGUUAUAAUUCAGUGACAUUGACCGGGCUUUUCCCUGUUCUUGGUCUCA